GAAGUCGCAUCCACAUUUAAAUGGCGCUUUCUUUACGAAAUCAUGUUGUUUUAGCAACGUCGAACACCUUAGAUCUCUUCCUAUCAGACCUAGACGAAAGGAAAGGGAGAAUCUUUUGUUCCCGAGAAGUUAAUCUCAUCCAAAGCCGUGUUAGAAAGGUUAUCAGAAGUAUACUACUGGAAGUGAGGAGAGAAAAUCCAUUCUUCAUGACAACACUGAUCAACAGUGGUAGCUUUUAUGAAGGAACGAAAGUUGGACAGCCGGAUGAGUUUGAUUAUUUCAUACAGCUUGACGGCUUUUCUUCUGCAGAAGAUACUCUCUUCGAAGAACUUCCGUGUUGUACUGUAGCAGUGGUUCCAAGCAAAUCUGCUAUUGAGAAUCUUAAGUUUCAUUCCACUGAUGAUCGAGGCGAUCCGAUGCUGUACUUUGACGAUUUUGAGUGGAAGAAGUCUAUCAAGACACCAUUCUUUAAGAUUUUUAACAGGAAAGCCAAAGGUCUUGAGGCCUACGGAAUGAAAGUAGUGUUGGCAUAUGAAGGAGACGAUACCACGCCUUCUCCACGGCCACUAGCGAGACACGGACCCGCAUACACUUUGCUAUUGGAAUGGAACGGCGGAAAGGAAUACAAAGGGUUGAAGAUUAGCGUUGAUUUGGCAUUGGCCGUGAAAAUUAACUCUCGACCAAAUAAGAUCGAUUUGGAGUUUGAAUCUGCGACCGGAAGAGUACUGAAAUCAGUAUUUGACAGUGUGCCGUAUUUUUUUGCCGUUGGCUCGUACAGGAAUAUACUCACUGAAGUUCAACCGAAUUAUUUUGCAGAGUAUACCAGUUCGGGUCUCCAACCGAUUGAUUUUUGUCUGCGUUGUUCACAGUCGUGUUUUGAGCAGCUACUAUUUUGCAACGAAUUUGGCCCUUACAGUGGGCAAUCCAAGUGUUUAAGAUUACUUAAAGUGUUGCGUGACAUUGUGUUUCCUGAUAUCGAAAAUGAGGUCAAUGAUAAUAAGAACAACAGUGGGUAUUGGCAAUUCGACGUGGACAGAGCGGCUGAUCCUUUAAAAGACACUGGCAAACUGAUUUCGUCAUACGUCCUCAAAACGCUGGUGCUAUUUGAAUGGCAGGAGAAUCCCGUAGAAGAGCUGUGGUCGGGAACGAACCUCAGUCAACGGCUUGUUAGUAUACUUCGUCGCCUUGUUGCUUGUUUGAAGCAAAAGAAGUUACGGAGCUUUUUUUACGCAGACUACAAUAUAUUUCCAUCUUCGAUCACGCGAGACAUGGAUUUUUUAAAUGCUGCUAGCAUGAUUUCCAUUCUUCUAGAUGGACUGUUGUCCCUGAUCAGGAACAUGAACGAAUACAACUUCGAAGAGUGCAUGGAGACAAUCAAAAGCGACUUCGCGACAGUUUAUCGGAAAAAGAGUUUUACCUCCCUAUUGUUGACUGGAUUGUGGGACACUCUUUUUUCUGAUUGUUAUCUGAAGAAAGCAGUCGAGGAAUCACUGAGAAAGAAAGGCAUGGGAGAAAUUUACUCACAUGAGUUCACUUGUACUGAGCCAGUUCCGGGAGUAACGAAAGUGAUCAAAGAGACCGAGGAGAAACGGCGUUUCUACGAUGUCUACGUUCAAGCUUUGCUCGAUGAAAUCGCUCCAGAAGAGACCUUAAUCUUGACAAGUACUGAUGUGAAAGAUACGGAUUCUGUGGGUCAAGUAGAACAACUAUUCAAGAAAAUUGCACGGCAGACAAUGGCAAUAAAUCGUGACAUUCUUCCCAGUUAUAAUCUUUGGUGUCAAGAACACUGGAAACUAGAAGGGUCAGUUUACAAGUAUGCAACUGACGAACCAAAAAAGCUAUUGAAUUUUCUCUUCGAUCAUUUUCAGGAAGACGUUAAUAUUUUAUUACAUGAUCUUAAACAGAUGUAGGCAGUCUCAUUUGAAUCAGUGACUUGGCCUUCAAAAUGAUGAGUUUAUUUUGUAGCAAAUUAAUUCAAGGUGAAUUAUGAUUGGUUUACCCGGCGGUCCGAAUUUUGCAAUACGCAUCGCUGAGAUGGAACACUCAAAUGAAAUUUCGGUGAUAUGCUUUUUUGAAAAACCACACUUUAAAUACUAGCAGUAAUCAAAGAUAAUAGGAGAGCGUUUGAUGCCUUCACUUUAACAGCUUGAAUGAUUUCAUUAGCUGACUUUCAACUCAGGUCUAAAAUUAAAUCAACAUUUUUAUAUCAACAACAGAAGUUUCAAGAUAGGUAAUAAUAAUAACAUAAUGACAAAGUCCAGUAUGUUUCUGUGUUUGUGGCUAGCAAGUAGAGGUCCUCUCUGUUAGCUACGAUUUGUUUAUGCAUUGCGUGACAGCGCCAGUGUCCAUACACUUGCAAAUUAGCUAGAACUAAAAUAUUUAUAUUUGCUUUCAAACCUCCGAGAGCUGAAACAUUUUUACUGUUACUAAUAGUGUUUUAAGAUACACAUUCAGUCACGUGACGCGUUUAGACCAAUCGUGCGUUAGCGAAAAUAUUUGAUGCAAUAUAAAUGGCAGCAUGUUUAAACUGUGCAAAUUGACUUUUGAUUUUUCACUCGAACAUGAUGCUAUUUAAAUGUUAUGUUAUCUUAGGUUGUGUUAAAAUGGAACUUGAAAGGGAUUAGCCCUGUUCCCUUCUACAUAGAUCCAAUGCCACUCAUAAACUUCUGUAGUUUAACUGCUCGCCUAAACUCUUCUACGGCUGGCUGGUAUCAACAACCCACAGAUCUUGCACUGCCUGUUUCGUAGUGACCAGGUUUAAGUUGUCCUUCUGCUGUCAAAGUAACACGAUCUAGAUCUUGGUAUUCAGUCUUUCGUAAGGACUUAAACACGGCGAAAGAACGCGUGCAACACACUUGAUUACCAUAAUCUCCUUCGAUGAAAUACCUUUGUAAAAACCUCAACAUCAACAAUAAGAAGAGCAAUAUGAUAAAAAUUACCAUUUAAAAUAUAAAAAUUGUCAUUUAAUAAAAUCAAACUGAAGUAACUAAAAUAUACUGGAAAACGCAAACUCAGGCUUAAGGUUACAUGCUACGUCUUCAAAUAACAGUUUUAAGGAGCUACGUCACGGUUUGUAAAUUUUAGCCUAAAUUUUUCAAAUUCGUCGUUUGUAAUCCGUGUUUAUCUUACCCAGUUCCUUUAUGUUUUAUCAUUAUCUAUUUGGUGUUUUUCUAUCUUAGUAAAUGAAUAUGUUCAGGUCUUCUUUCAAUUCAAAUGUAAUUUUGUAUGAGGCCAAAAUAAAUCAAUAACGUAACUGGGCUCCUUUAACGAUACUUUUUCGGAGAAGGGCGUGUUUACUAGUUACGCCGCUUUGCACAUCUAAAUAGUAAGUGCUUUUACAAGUUUCGUAGAAAGAGAACUGAACUGAGAACGUGUUAUCAACAGCCUCCAUUGUGAAAGACCGAAUUGUAAAGGACACCCAACCAGUUACCAUUUUAAUUAGGUGUGGCAGUAAUUACAAACUUCUGACACGUUGACAGUUCAAACGGAUCGCUGGAAUAGAGCAACUAAAAGCAAUUAUAAAAUUAAGUAAAUCUAGGAAAUAACGAGCUUUCAAAUACGUACACGAGGUUUUAAAUUUAAAGUCCAAUUAAAUUAUGAGACAGAGAAAUACCUUUUUUACAAAGAAAUAACCUUAGAUACAUUUAAGAAGAAUUAAUAGUGUCCACAUCAUUGAUGCACACCACAUAUGUCUAUUACACAAGGCCUGCAUCCUCCAGCCGUUACACUAGCCUCGUCAAAUCGGAACACUUUAAGUUUCAGAGUCCAGGGAAGGUUGAGAAUGUUAUUAGUUCUUAAACCAGGAAUAAAAAAGAACCUGAUACCAUCUCCUGCAUUGAAAACACUCUGCUGUUUCAGCACAACAGCUGUCAUGGCAACAUUUCAUAUUCCUCGUUCCGCAUUCCACAGUUUCAGAAUUCUGUUUCCGUACAAAUAUUAAGUAUAUGCAAAUUUUGGGCUUCUUAGAAUCAUCCACAAUUCUGCUAAAAACCAUUUAUCUUCUUACGAAGAUUUGUCACCAUACGAUAUAAAGCCAGAGUAUAACGACAAUACGUCUCUGAAAAUAGUCGCAGUUUAUAACAGACUGUCUGAUGCGCGUCCGCAUCACGCGCUGAAUCGCUUGCCAAAGUGCCAUGUAGCUCCUUGAACGAACAUGCACUUGGUGCCUAUCGAUAAACCUUGAAAUGGAGGUUAUUUUGAACAAAUUAAUAACACAGUGGUUAUUCCUACGGCACCCGU